GCUCGGUGCAGCAUGUAUGUUAGAGUGUCUGAGACACCGGAGCCUGUGUUUACAUGCAAGCCUAUCAGUGGAGGUGGAUUUAGAGCAUCUGGAGGACCCAGGCAUCUCCCAUGCUCCUCACCGGGGACUCACCUCCUUUUAUCUCGCCUCGGGUAUCCCAUUUCUCCCUUUGAAUCCUCCUUUCAAUGGCCUCUUCAAUCUCUGCCCUGCUCUCUGAGGCAUUUUGGAUUUCCUUGGCAACGUGGAGCAGCUUAAAUUAGAAUUCUGUGCAUGACGGUCCUGGUAAGCAGUAGAAUGGUGUCCGGGGAGGCAGGUGGGCACAGCUACCUGGUGGCGUGCUGGCAGCCCAUCCUGGUCCUAAUGCUGGGCACUGUCCUCUCCGGCUCCACCACCGGCUGCCCGUCCCGCUGUGAGUGUAAUGCUCAGGAACGUUCCGUGGUGUGCCAUCGACGGAGGCUGGCCUCGUUUCCCGAGGGCAUCCCCAUCGAGACGAAACUACUGGACCUCAGCAAGAACCGUCUGAAAAGCCUGGGGCCUGAGGAGUUCAUCAACUACCCACAGCUGGAGGAGCUGCAGCUCAAUGAGAACAAUAUCUCUUCCAUGGAGCCCGGGGCUUUUAGCAACCUUGUCGGCUUGCGGACUCUGGGGCUGCGCAACAACCAGCUUAAGCUAAUCCAGUUGGGAGUGUUCACAGGCCUCAGCAACCUCACCCAGCUGGACAUUAGCGAGAACAGAAUUGUCAUCCUGCUGGACUACAUGUUCCAGGAGCUGUACAAUCUGAAGGCUCUGGAAGUCGGCGAUAACGACCUGGUGUUCAUCUCUCACCGAGCGUUCCACGGCCUCAGCAGCCUGGAACAGCUGACCAUGGAGCGGUGCAACCUGACCUCGGUGCCCACUGAGGCCCUGAGCCAUCUGCACAACCUGCUGUCGCUGCGACUACGCCACCUCACCGUCAAUGCUGUCAGGGAUUACUCCUUCAAGAGGCUGGAACGCCUGAGGGUGUUAGAGAUCUCCUACUGGCCCUACCUGGACACCAUGACCUCCAAAUGCCUGUACGGCCUCAACAUCACCUCCCUGACCAUCACAAACUGUAACCUCACUGCCAUCCCUUACCAGGCCAUCCGACACCUUGGGCACCUUCUCUUUCUCAACUUGUCUUUUAAUCCCAUUCACACGGUGGAGGGGAACAAGCUGCACAAUCUAAUGAGGCUCCAGGCCUUCCACUUGGUAGGAGGGAGAUUAGCCACAAUUGAGCCCUACUCCUUCCGGGGCUUGAACCAUCUCCGAGUCCUCAACGUAUCCAGCAAUAGCCUGAGCACCCUGGAGGAAUCUGUGUUUCACUCCGUGGGGAACCUGGAGACCCUGGCACUGUACGGGAACCCACUGGCCUGCGACUGCCGACUGCUCUGGGUCUUCCGUCGCCGCUGGAGGCUCAACUUCAACCGGCAGCAGCCCUCCUGCUCUUUGCCCGAGGCCGUGCAGGGCAAGGAGUUCAAAGACUUCCCCGACAUACUCCCCUCCAAUUCCUUCACCUGCCAGAAGUCCAGGAUACAAGACCACAAGGCACUGCAGAGGCACGUAGACGAGGGCACAACGGUCCAUUACACAUGCCAGGCGGACGGCGACCCAGCCCCCGUGAUCAUGUGGCUGUCCCCCAAGAAGCAGUUCAUCACCACCAAGUCCGUGGGGCGUCUCAGCGUGUCCCCCGAGGGCACGCUAGAGGUGCGCUACGCCCAGAUCCAGGACAACGGUACCUACCUGUGCAUCGCCAGCAACGCCGCAGGGAAUGACACCAAGCCUGCCCACCUGCAUGUGCACAGCUACUCGCCCAACUGGCCGCACCAGCCCAACAAGACGUUUGCUUUCAUCUCCAACCAGCCCAGCGAGGACGGGGCCAACGGGACCCUGGCCCAGGUUCCCUUCCCAUUCGACGUGAAGACUCUGAUCAUCGCCACCACCAUGGGAUUUAUCUCGUUCCUCGGCGUCGUCCUCUUCUGUCUCGUCAUCCUCUUCCUCUGGAGCAGAGGAAAAGGCAACGUCAAGCCAAACAUAGAGAUUGAGUAUGUACCGCGUAAGGCGGAGGCAGGUGAGAGUAGUCCAACCGGCGAUGCGCCACGUAAAUUCAACAUGAAAAUGAUGUGAGACUCAAGCUUACUGACUUCAAAAUGAGGGUGGACACACUAUAUUCUCUUUAAAUAUAUGUGGAAUUUAUGAGAGAUAGACAUCUUGAUACUAUACCCAAGACUGUUUUACCUUCAGGGACUGAAUCUUAAACAGCGUGUUGGAGUGUUGGAUUUAAAAGUAUUCAAAUCUCUGUGUGUUUUUAUGGGCAAUAGUCAUAAAGAAAAUAAGCCAGUCAUGUUUUAUGCUCCUUUCAACCUGAAAAGGGAGAUUGUCUUUAUCUGGUCUUUUGAUUAUUUUAUUUUCUCUGUGUCUUGUUCUUCUUACCAUGUACAAUGAGCAAAGGAAUGGUCGCAAUACCACUUAAAGGGGUAGUUCACAAAAAUACUGAAAUUGACAGCAGCAACGGUAAGAGGAAUAUCAUGUCAAUUUGUUUGAACUAUACCUUUAAUGGUUAUGGGUUUUGAGCAUAUUACUGUAUUAUGAGCAGGCGCAAUUCAAGCAAUGUACGUACAGUGCAUUCGGAAAGUAUUCAGACCCCCUUGAUUUUUUCCAAAUGUUGUUACGUUAAAGCCUUAUUCUAAAAUGGAUUAAAUAGUUUUUUUUAACUCAUCAAUGUACACACAACACCCGAUAAUAACAAAGCAAAAACAGGUUUUCAGGCCCUUUACUCAGUAAACACCGGUAUUUGGGGAGUUUUUCCCAUUCUUCUCUGCAGAUCCUCUCAAGCUCUGUCACGUUGGAUGGUGAGCGUCGCUGCACAGCUAUUUUCAGGUCUCUACAGAGAUGUUCGAUGGGGUUCAAGUCCAGGCUCUGGCUGGGCCACUCAAGGACAUUCUGAGACUUGUCCCGAAGCCACUCCUGCGUUGUCUUUGCUGUGUGCUUAGGGUCAUUGUCCUGUUGGAAGGUGAACCUUCACCCCAGUCGAGGUCCUGAAUGCUGUGGAGCAGGUUUUCAUCAAGGAUCUCUUUGUACUUUGCUCCGUUCAUCUUUGCCUCGAUCCUGAUUAGUCUCCCAGUUUCUGCUGCUGAAAAAAAUCACCACAGCAUGAUGCUGCCACCACCAUGCUUCACCGUCGGGAUGGUGCCAUGUUUCCUCCACACGUGACGCUUGCCAUUCAGGCCAAAGAGAGUGUUUAGGUGCCUUUGGCAAACUACAAGCCGGCUGUCAUGUGCCUUUUACUGAGGAGUGACUUCCGUCGGGCCACCGUACCAUAAAGGCCUGAUUGGUGGAGUGCUGCACAGAUGGUUGUCCUUCUGGAAGGUUCUCCCAUCACCACAGAGGAACUCUGUCAGAGUGACCAUCGGGUUCUUGGUCACUUCCCUGACCAAGGCACUUCUCCCCCCAUUGCUCAGUUUGGCAGUGAGGCCAGCUCUAGGAAGAGUCUUGGUGGUGCCAAACCUCUUCCAUUUACGAAAGAUGGAGGCCACUGUGUUCUUGCAAUGCUGCAGAAAUGUUUGGUAUCCUUCCCCAGAUCUGUGCCUUGACACAAUCCUGUCUCUGAGCUCUACGGACAAUUCCUUCGACCUCAUGACUCGGUUUUUGCUCUGACAUACACUGUCAACUGUGCGACCUUAUAUAGACAGGUGUGUGCCCUUCCAAAUCAUGUCCAAUCAAUUGAAUUUACCACACGUUGACGACAAUCAAGUUGGAGAAACAUCUCAAGGAUGAUAAAUAGAAACAGGAUGCAAAUAAUUUUUUGAAUUUGAAUACAUUUUCAAAAAAUUCUAAAAACCUAUUUUCGCUUUGUCAUUAUGGGGUAUUGUGAUGUCAUUAUGGGGUAUUGUGAUGUCAUUAUGGGGUAUUGUGAUGUCAUUAUGGGGUAUUGUGAUGUCAUUAUGGGGUAUUGUGUGUAGAUUGAUUAAGAUUUUUAUUUAUUUAAUCCAUUUUAGAAUAAGGCUGUAACGUAACAAAAUGUGGAAAAAGUCAAGGGGUCUGAAUACUUUUCGAAUGCACUUAAGAGAUAAAAGUAAGCUAGAAAGGCAUAGAAUGGCAUAUUCUAAGUUGUAAAACAAUAUAUAUAUUAUGCUUGACAAUCAUCAAAAUCACAAAGGUCAUCGGUAUAAAUCACGGAAUAAGUACAAUGUAAAAUAUCAGCAAUGAAGUUAGGGUCCUCUGAUGCCAUUUUGUCUACUUAAUGUGCAGUGGCUCAAAUCCUUUCCUAGCAAACUAGGAACAUUCCCUGAACAUUAGCUAAGAUUCCCCUUAAGUUCUAGUUAGGGUCUUAGGAUGAUUAACAUCCCAAAAACAUUCAAAUAAUGUUUUUGUUAACAAAAUCAUUUUGUACAAUUUUUUUUUUUUUUAAUGAAAUAUCCUUGGAAUGUUCUCCUAACAUUCCCUAAAAUGUUGUGCACAACAUCUGUAAGAAACACCACAGAACGUUCCCCAAACGUUCUCAUUAGGUUACCAGGUAAUGUAAUAACACAAUGUAGCAGUAAUGGUUUUUACAACAUACGGCCGCAACAAAAUAUGAGAGCAUCGUUCUGGGAACAUGCUGUGCAAAAUGCAAACGUUUUAUACAAACAUUGUAUAACCAUCAGCACAAGUGGACAGUUUUUUUGUGUUAUGAGAACAUUUGCCGCAACGUAACAAAUGUUCUGGGAACUUUCACAAAAUUAAUUUUGGUUUGCUGGGUUGUUUGUAUAAUCACAAACAUGCUUCAAAUGAUAAGUGUGAUAUUCAAUUUGAAGCCCUAUGUUUUCUUUGUCAGUGUGUUCUCCUGUUUGCAGUGAUCAGGAACCAGUUGUUGUAAAACAGUUGAUGUGUUAACAGGGUUUUAUGUGGUGAAAUACAUUUUACAGCCAUAGUCUGCUCUGAAAGUAAUGUGUUCAUAAACCCUUAAACCGCCGGUUAUGAAAUCAUGGACGGAAUGGGAGCAUAUUAAAACAAUAAAGUUUUAUACAGUAA